UUUGUAUCCAAGCCCCGAUCCAUUGGCUUAUGCUUCUCCAUGCCCAAUUUUCUAGUUUCCACGUCCAUAAAACAGCAGCCAUUAAAGUCGGCAAAUUGUAUGCAUUCUUAUACCCCUGCGCCAUUUAUUUGAGUCCCGUUCUUCGUCUUCUUUGCAAUUCCCAGUUCUCGUUCCUUCUUAAAGUCGGCAACUUUGCUUUCUUUGGCCUAUCGUAUCCAGCAGCUUCUUCAAGGUUUUGUUCUUAUCCGAAUAGCCUUUGUUGUUAUUGUCUGCAAAUGUUGACUGCUAGUGUUACUGCAUCCUUGCCGCCUUCAUUAUCUAAAGGACAUUGUUUAGAGCAGCAAGUUAAACGCCAUGGCUGCUGUGGUGCCGAUGGAAUUCCCGCACGAAUUCGGCCAAGGGGACUUGGCUUGCACUUACAACCUGUUGUUGGAAGACGUAGAAACCAAUAUUUAUCCAUUAUAUGUGCAGCUGCUGCUUUGAAUGCAACAUGCAGUGCAUCGGGGCAAACUCAAACCAUUACUCGGGAAGCACCAACGAUCACCCAAGCUCCUGUUCACUCAAAGGAGAAGUCGCCGCAGCUGGAUGAUGGUGAUUCUGGGUUUCCACCCCGUGAUGAUGACGGUGGCGGCGGCGGAGGGGGAGGCGGUGGGGGCAACUGGUCAGGCGGAUUUUUCCUUUUCGGAUUUCUCGCAUUUCUAGGCUUCUUAAAGGAUAAAGAAAGCGAAGAAGACUACCGCGGCAGUCGAAGAAGAUGAUGAGGGAAACUGCUGAUUGAAAACAGUUUU